AUGAAGCUACCAGUAGAUCUAAGCGCAAACACGGAGGAUGACAGUAAUGCGAGGUUUGUCAGCAUUUUGUUCUUGGUCACCAUGGUAGCCAAUUUCCUUCCUUCUUUGGGGCUUAUGGGUGACAAAGAACUUCUCAUUAACAUCAUUGCCUUGGGUAUUCUAUUAAUCACCAUACUUGUUAAUAUAUGGAUCCUAGCUUUUUCAUGGGCGUUGAGGAGUUUUGCUGCAGGUAUAUUCAUAUUACCUUGUCUGUUGGUAUUUUCGGUAGCUUUGACCGUGCCAGCAUCUAGAAGAAACUUACAACUACAGUACAAGGAGUUGUGCAGAUUGGCUUCAAAUCAUGACGAGAUAAAUUUCUCUUACGAAGAACUCGUUAACUACGUUAAAAUGCAUUGGAUGAUGGCAGAAACAGGUGACCCCCAAUUUGCGAUAGCUUGUUCACAGAUUUCUUUUACUUUAGGAGUUUUAUGUUCAGAUGUUGCCAUCUUUGCCGUCUCAUGGUUUAUAGAUCCAUACUUUCCUCGCAGAGAAUCAUCCGAUUAUGAUUGGUCAAUCAAGAUUAUUAAUAAUGUGCAACAUGUUGGGGUUUUGGUAGGUUGUGUAGCACCAAUAUCUAGAUGUUUUACUGUCAUCGGUUAUAACAAGCCUUCUACGAAAUGGAACAAGAACCAUCUAAACGUGUUCAAAGUUGAAAAACAAUGGAUAGAAAGACUUGAGCAAUGGAAACGCAUCCACGUCCGUUCUCAUAUCCCAGGGCGCCAUUGCAAAAAGGUUUUCCAUCUGGUCAAAAACAUGAUUUUGAACAUUUGUAUUGCACUUCAGAUAGUGGCUGCAGUUAUAUGUAAAAUGAUUUGCCUUCUUCCUAGAUGUUUCCUGAUCUUAUUCUUUUAUUGUUGGUAUCUCUGCAAAUUAUUAUUGAAAAGGUUUAAAUGGGGGUCAAAAAAUGACUACAUAAGUGAAGAAGAGGUGGAAAAAUAUGCCAAGUAUGUUAUGCUAGCUGAAGAAGAGGCGAACCUUUCAGAGAGAAUAUUGACAAAUAUGCUUCGAUCUAUAACUAAACUUAUUAAAGUAUCUGCAGAGAAGGAGCCGAAAAAUCUUAUGAAGCUAAUUCUAGAUAUAUCUACUGGAUUCAAUGGAGUAAUAAAGUUCGACAAUGAUGAAGUCCCUCCUCUAUAUCCUGAAGAAACCCAGAAUUGUUGGAGCCUAGUAGCGGUAACGUUAAUGACUAUUGCAAUUGCACUUCCAAACAUUUCAAAUAGCCAUGUCAAAGAAUUACUUGCUAGUAUGCGGGAAGGACUCCAAAUCGUAAGAAUUGUUGAAGAAACCCUCAAUGAAAAUGCUGACUUGGUAGGUUCGAGAAAAGCAGCUAGACGUUUGUGGACAGACAUUGAGUUAUACAACAAGUGA